UUUUAAAUAAACCGUUCAUUUGCGAAGGUGGCGUCGUUUUUCGCCGUGUGAUUUUCUAGUUAAUUUAUAAUCGCAGAUUAAUAAAGGGCAUUUUGCUCAACAAAUACAAAAGCUCCAUUUAAAAAGCAGCUAAUAUGACAUCCACCGAACUGAAAAUUGGCUUGAGUACCAGUGCUCGUCCUUCCAGCCGAGUACUUAAGCCUCCAGGUGGCGGACAUACCAAUAUAUUUUCGGAACCUGAAGUAUCUGUGAAUGCACCACGUCCCAAAUUCAAUCAACAAAACUCUUCCAAUUUAAAUGCUUGCAUGGGCUCCACCGAUGCAAAUAAGGUAGUGGAGAAGCUACGUGAUGAAGCAGCCAUUCAAAAGGAGGAGCCAAAACCAUCACCCGACAGUCCGCCCAAAGACAGCACCAAUGGCAACAAGGCAGCAAAUGAUCAGGCGCGCGGUCGUGUUCCACCCGGUGGUUACUCAUCGGGCGGUUUCUGGUAGAGGAACCCCCGGGAAUAUGGCUUAGACGUGUGCUUAUGCAUUUACUGACACUCACACACUCAUGCAUAUGCAUACACUCUCACACUCUCACACACACACACACCAAGACAUCCUCAGCCCCAUUACACAUUUAUAAAUAUAAAUCGCUUAAUAUAUACAUAUAUCGCUUAUGCAUUCAUAUUUAAAUUCGAAAUUGGCUACUAUGCAAAAUGUUUAAAAAUUAGAAUACUGCGAUUUGAUUGCAGAACUUAAUCCCGCUCUCUGAUUUUGUUCCCUUUAUGUAGUAUUUUGUUCUACUAACUAAACUAUUUAAACCGUCAUACACAAUUGUUUAAACUUUAAGUGACUUGCGAUUCCGCCCUGAUGAAACAACUCUAACAAUGCGUACAAUAUGUUAGGGAAAUAACCAAACUUUGCAUUUGUACUUAAGUGUCCAAUUGAAAUUUGAAAUGGUCUGCAAAAUUUGUACCACAUUUUUUUAUAAUUACAUAUAUGUAUUGCAAAAUAAACA